AUGGCGUCGCAACAGCUACGGACUUUUACCCCGGGCGCUCCCCAAGUGCCUCGAUCUGUAGAAACUUCGGAGGACCAGCAGGUGACGUCUUUGGCAUCGCAUGGUGAUCUCUUCUUGUGGAGCUCCCGACUACAGCUGGAGCCCGGCCCGACGAGAGAGGCGACUGUCCAGCCGCUGGCAGUGCAGAUGCUGAAGGCCGUGCAGGAACUCCAUGAUUUGUCAAUAGCACACCGAGAUCUGUCCUGUGAAAACAUCCUCGUGACUCAGGUAGACGAUACUCUGGAAGUCCGUGUUAUAGAUUUCGCUGCAGCGUGUGGAUCACGAUUUUCCAGCGGCGCGCAUGGGAAAGACAUGUACGUCGCUCCGGAGGUCCACCUCGGCGGCAAGUUUGAUACUUUCCUAUCGGACGCCUUUGCUCUCGGUGUGAUCUUCCUAUCUGUUCUCUUGCAGAGGUAUCCCUGGAACUCCACCAAGCCGGGAUGCUGCAAGUCGUUUGAAUAUGUGCGGAAGCAUGGGCUGCGAAAGUACUUGAUGCGCCGGAAGCUCUCAGGAGCAAGCCUGACCUUCGCAGAUGCGAUAUCCGAUUCCUGCCUGCACUUGCUCGAAGGUCUGCUGGAAGUCGAUCCGGGCGAACGCUUGACUCUGGGUGAGAACGCCUGGUCGUUAAGUGGCGAUCGGGUCUCCGUGUGGAGUGAGGAUUGGGUGCUAUCAGCACCAGCUUGGGGACGCGAGAUUAGCGAUUUCUGA